AUCGAAGGAUCUUUCAAAGUAGUUCAUAUUUCAAUAAUAUAAAUGAUGAAUUUCUAAAUAAAAUGAUUUCUUAUUUUCAUUUGUAGUGUCUACCACAAAUACCAGUAUUUAGCCAAUUGCUAUCAUUUCACCUGAAAAAAUUUGACAAGGGAAUCGCUUCAUUAUUUGUUCUCUGUGGUGAAAGAAGCGAAGCAGUAUAUGAAAGUGUUUUCAAAUUCCUAAUUACGGAUCUUGAAAUCAAGAAUUUAAAGUGCAUAACAUGCCACUACGACGCAAUAUUAAUAAAUGGUAUAAGACGAGUUCUUCCAAACGUCGUUAUUAGAGGCUCUCUUUACCAUUAUGUUAAAUUUCUUAACCGAAAAUGGAAUAAUCUUAAUCUGCCUGCUAAAGAUGAAGAUGAAGUGUUUGACCUGAGCUCAAUUCUAAAAUUGAUACCAAAAGAACUGAUUAAAAGUGGCAUUGAUCUCCUCAUAUCAAAAGGAGAAGCGUUAUCGAAAAUUAAUGAAGACUAUAUAGCAUAUUGUAAAUUCGUGGAGAAAAGUGAAGUAUUCAUUAGUCAUGAAACUUUCAUUGAUGAGAACGUUAAAAAUGCGAUUCAUUACUCUGAAAGUUUUAUCCUCAAUGAAAGAAGAAUGCUUGGCACUCACCCAACGUUGCAUGUAUUUUUACAAUCAAUUAAAAAAUGCAUUUAUGAAAGUGAAGUAGAAUUUCGGACAGUCACAAAAGAAACUAAAAUUUCACAUGAAGUUAAAAUUACUUCAUCGUUAAUACAAAUACAAAAUAAAUUGAAGAAAAAAAAAAUAACGAUUGAAGAAUUUACAAAUAACUUAGCUAUAAACAAUUUAAAAAUAAAAAUUGGAGUUUCGUUGAACUGGCCUCAAUACCGCAAUGAUGAUUGUAAAUUAGAUUCUUUCCCGAAUCCCAGAUUAUAUUUCUCAAAGGAUGAAAAUGAAGAAGAACUCGAAAAUCCAUGCUGCUAUUGUUUCAAUGAGGAAGCUUCCAUCCAGGUAAGAGGCUGCAAUCAUUUCAUUGGAUGCUAUGCGUGCUGGUUUGAAGCUUCAAUUCGGUACAAAAAAAAAACGUGUCCCAAGUGCAGAGCCAAUUACCAAAAAGUCAACAUUUAUUAAUUGUUUGCAUUGUUUUUGUUUUUUUUUGUUAUUAAAUUAAUUGCAAAAAAAGUUGUAAUGGAGAUUAUAAUAAUGUUCAAAUUUAUAAUUAAUUAUUUAAAAUUAAUUAAUGUUUAUUGUAAAAUAAUUAAUUUACUAGAGUAUAUUUUAAAUAUAAGUUUUGUUAAUUAUUAUUUAAUGUAACAAUUAUUAAUAAUGAAAAAGAUAUAUGUAUAGUUACCUGGUAGCGUAAAUAAUUAAUUUAAAAAUGUAAAUGUAACUCUUUAUUUAUAAUUUAUUAAAAAUAUCUUAAUGAUAAAUAACAAUAAUAGUAAACAACCACACUGUCCUGUGACUGUGCUGUUGAUCAAUCAACGCAAGUCAACGGCACAUUGUCAUGGAGAAAACUUUCAGUAAGCGUAAUAAAGCAGUCCCGUAAUAAAAAUAAUUUUGUAAAUUUCAAAUAUUUAUAAAAUAAAAUCAUUCAUU